AUAUCUUGCAUGUGCAUUUCCCUGUGGAUAUAUUUUUUACAUCGACUCUUUUUUGAAUUAGCACAGUAAACAUCUACUUGGAAUCAUUUGUUAUAUUAGCUUUGCUGCAAGGACUUUUGUUUAAACGUUCCCUCCUUUGCAACAGACCGGCUAAUGAAUACACCCCUGGCCGUACAGUACCGUUUCGGUUUAAUUCAACGUUGCACACUGUUCUGUCAUACUGAAAGCAACACUUGCUGAACAGGAAUCUAGAUCCUACUAUCGUCAGUGAGUGGACGGCCACAAUAGUUAACAUUUUCCUCAGCAAAUAUUAUUGAUCUAAAACUUUAUUUUCCAUCCAAAACUCAGGCAUGUUUCUUGUGAACCGACCAAAUCUGACUAGCUGUGUACCACAACCCCAUUGAUGUACAGCCAUUGUAACGUAUGCCUUCAUGACAGUAAGUCAUUAACAGCAGGGUUAUGGUACAAUACUAAUUGACAUGCAUCGUGUUUGUCACCUUAGAGUAGCGAAUAGUAUGGAAGGCUUGUUUGAGGAGCUAGUGAGGCUGAAGGUCCACAGUGUCCCAGUAUCGGAUGAAGGAGUUCCUGGAGUCCCUGUCCAACAAGAGCUCAGAGGCACUGCAGGAGUUCAACCAGCAAGCAGGUGUUAUCACUACAACCACCACCAUGGUUUACCAGCAGGGGGUCAACUGCAUCUACACAGACAGCAACGAGGUGGCUGGGUCACUGCUGGAACUGUCUGUCUGCAACAGCAGGUACAGGUGUCCCAGCAGAAGGUGAUGUCAUGACAGCAGCAGCUCUCGCCCCAUAUGACCACAGCCGCAAGGGCAAGACAUAAUACAGACAAAUGACCUAGGAAGAGCUCACAGUGACAAGAAGCAGAGGUCCUCGGGGGACAGGAUCGUCCUUCCGUCCAGUCUAAAGGAUGAGGGUGGACAGGCAUCACACAUGAAAGUGUGUGAAGAGGUGCAGGAAGAAAAUGCAGAGGCUGUGAAAACCCCAUCUGUCUGUGAACCACUGAUUCUUCAGGAUAUUGAGGACUUGGAGGAGUCUACUGUAAAGGAAAGUCCAGUUCCUCCAAAGGACACUGAAGAUACAGAUAAGGCUUCAACCGAGGGCCAACAACUGGUAGAGGAACACAACCCUGACAUCCUCCUACCUCACCCUGUUGAUGCCCUGGAGAAUGCCUAUGUGAACACCCCCCCUGUUUGUGAACCACUGAUUAUUGAGGACUUGGAGGACUCUCCUGACAAGGAAUAUCCAGCUCCCCGAAAGACUGAGGAUGUAGAAUGUGCUUCAGCACAGGGCCAAGAACAGAUCCAGGUAGAUAAGGACCGAGAUAAGGACAAAGACCAUGAUAUGCCCCUCCCUUGCUGCUUAGAUAACCUGAAGAAGCGCUUCUACCAGAGCAGGGACCGCCAGAUCAGGGAAAGACACUGGGCCCAGUUCAGAGCAGAGACCCUGAGGGUGGCCCACCAAGGGAUAGUUGUCCUGCAACGUGACCUGGAGCUGGAGCUGGAGCGGGUUAGAGAGGGCCUAGAGGAUAGACGGCAGCGCAGAGAGAGGGACCAUUACACUCUGGCCCAAGUGAAGAGAGAGAGACAGAAAAAGAGAGAAGAGCAGAUAAAAGGAUGGAUGGAAAAGUGGAUGAUAGGGAGGGAAGAGGAGAGCCAGGGGGAAGAAGGUGCGGAAGAGGGGGAGACAGAGGAAGAGGAGAAAGAGGGAGAGGAGGAAAGUGAAAAGGAAGAGGAGAGUGAGGAUGAAGAGGGUGAUACAGAGGGAGCGGAAGAGAAGGAGAAAGAGGAGAAGGUGGAGGAGGGAGACAGGGAGGGGAGUGAAGAGGAGAGUGAGGCGGAUGAAGAGAGCGAGGAGGAGGAUGGCAUAGAGACUAUCUGCAAGGAGGUGAAGAUGCAGAUGCACUUGAUCAAGGGCGACAUUGAGCAUGAUAUGAAGAAUGACUAUGAGCAGAACAAGAAUAGGGAAGUCCAGGACCGGAAGAUGUUGACCACCCUGCUGCAGUGCUUGGAGUCAGUCUACCAGACACGCACUGAGGAGAUACUGGGCAAGAUAGGCAUGCUGUGGGACAUCAUGAUCAACAACAUGCUCCAGGACCUCCAUGGAAGGAGAGCAGCCCAGAAGUCAGUGUCUGCCCAGACUGCGCAGUAUCUCCACUUCUGCCACAGUCCCCGUCUGGCCCCCAUUACCCCUCUGACUGAAGCGGGCAGGAGGCUCCUCAAGGGAUGGGCAAGAGGCCAACAGGAUGACGAGGCAAAGAAGACUGGCAAAGGGAAAGGGAAGAAGAAAAAGAAGAAGACACAGAGAGAACAAGUGAAGGAUGAGGAGAAAGACAGUCAGUUGCUGCAGAAGGAGGAAAUGGUGGAAAGUAAGCCAGAAGAGAAUAAAAAGUCAGGGUUUCUCCAAUUGCUGCUGCUCAAACUGACAUGCAUUCAAUGAUGACAAAAUAUUUAGAAAAAAUAAAGUUUGAAACCAGCUUGAUUUUGUUUUUGAUUUUGAUAAUCUUUGGUUUAUCCAUCUGGGUUUCACCCAAUGAUUGCAUAUAAACUCUGGAUUACUGAUACUAUGUAUUGGCCAAUGAGAGGCUUUAAAGCCACCGGUCAGCCAUAUUGGUGCUCCCCAGAAGAAGCAGUCCUCCAUAUGAAUGAAUGGAAUUAUACAGUAUUUCAAUUAAAUGUUCUAAAGACACAUUUGUUGAUGUAGUGGGAACAGUAACAGAACUUAAAAAAAUAUAUACUUAAAGGAAAAUGUUAAUAUAGUUUUCAAUUUUAUGUUCAGUUUAUAUAAUACAAUUUUAAAGUGUGCAUUAAUGUGUCUGUACUAGAAUAAAACUGGCAAAAACAAAUGUAGAUGUUAAUAAAUUGAUUUUUAUAGCUUCCAAAAUAAAAAAAAACACAGUGGAGGAGUGCCAAAUAGGAGGCUGGCUUCAACACAGCGCCUCCUGUUAGGUAUCUAGUAGUAGUGCAUUCUGAGAGUAUUGAGACCCCUCCACUUUUUCCACAUUUUGUUACGUUACCGCCUUAUUUUAAAAUGGAUUUAAA